UUUUGCAGCAGCAAAACCAAACAAACCGGGCGGCGGGCGCGAUGCUCCGCCGGCGGCCGCGGCCCGCCGCGUUCCUCCGCCUCUUCGCCACCUCCUGCCGCCGUAGCUCCCUCCACCCCUCGCAGCCGCAGCUCCCGAACCCUGCCGCUCUCCCGCCGCCGCCGGUGGCGAAGAAGGUCCCAUUUACCGUGUCGGCGCACGGGAGGUCGUGGAGUGACCCGUACCACUGGAUGCGCGAUACCUCCGACCCGGACCUCGCCGCCCUCCUCGCCGCAGAGAACGCCUAUGCCGACGCCUUCGUCGUCUCGGCCGGCGGUGGCGGCCUCCGCGCGCGCCUCGCCGCCGAGAUGCGCGCCCGGCUGCCCCCUUCCGCCGCCACACCGCCUCAGCCGUGGGGCCCUUGGUUGUAUUAUCAGUAUAUUCCAGAGGGAAAGGAAUACCCUGUUUUAUCUAGGAAGUUGAAGCCCUCUCGUGGUAUAGCACAAGCUCUGCUGGAUUACCUUUCUGGUUCAGAGAAGGAGCAAGUGUUGCUUGACUGGAACGAGGUUGCAGAAAAAAAUGGUUAUGUGCACAUUGGGAGUUGUCGAAUCUCUCCAGAUCAUAGGUUCCUUGCAUAUACAGUUGAUACAUCUGGGGGUGAACUAUUUUCCCUUGAAGUAAAAGAUCUUCAAUCUGAACAUGUCAUCUUUAGCUCACCAGACAAAGGAAUAGUUAGUUUAGCAUGGGCUCGCAACAGUGGAAGUUUGUUUUACACUGUCUGCGAUGAGACUCUACGUCCUAACCAAGUUUUCUGUAAAAAGUUACAAUCGGAUGAAGCAGGGUUUCUAGUUUUCACAGAGGAAGAUGUUAACUGCUGCGUAGAUAUUACAAGCACAAAAGAUUUUAAGUAUAUGACUGUCAAUUCUAACACAAGGACAUCAUCUGAGGUUUUUGUGAUGGAAUCUGAUAAUGUAAGAGAGGGCUUAUGGCCUAUACGGAAACGAGCUGAUAAGGUUCAGUACUUUUUGGAGCACCACAACGGGUUCUUUUACAUCCUUACCAAUGCUCCUGUAAAUGACACUGAAAUGACUACUGAAGGCUACUAUCUGGCCAGGUGUCAGGCUGAAAAGUCAUUGGUGGAUAGGUGGCAGAUAGUGAUGUUCCCUGGCUCGGACUGCACCAUUCAGGAUAUGGAUAUUUUUCAUGGUAAUUUAGUUCUCUUUCUUCAAAAGAACGGAACUCCUCUUUUUUGCUCCAUCAAUAUGCCAAUAGAUGUUGAUGUCCAGGAGCCAAAGGAACUUAAUGAUCUCAACCCAUGGUAUUUGCCAAUACCAUCAAACAUGUGCAGUAUUAUUCCGGGGUCCAACAAUGAUUUCAUGUCAUCUACUUAUCGUCUGGUUGUUUCAUCGCCUGUGAUUCCAGACUUAACCGUGGACUACGAUUUGAGAAAAAGGACUUUCACCAUUCUUCAUCAAGAGGAAGUAACUAGCCUGUCUGCAAAUCUAGGCACCGUGGGCAAAUCCAAUGUUUCAAGCAUCCAACAAAACCUGCAGCUUGUUGAAACUUCACAAAGUUGGAGUGAUCUUUCCAAGCUAUAUUCAUGUAAAAGGAUCGAAGUUAUAUCACAUGAUGGUGUUUUGAUACCAUUAGUCAUUCUGUAUUCACGAGAAGCACAUCGUUAUGGAGAAUCACCUGGGAUCUUAUAUGGCUAUGGAGCUUAUGGAGAAGAUUUGGACAAAAGUUGGUGUUCAGAGAGGUUAAGUCUCCUCUCUCGAGGUUGGGUUCUUGCAUUUGCAGAUGUUAGGGGUGGAGGAGAUUUAUCAUGGCACCAGGCAGGAACCAAAGCUAACAAGAUAAAUUCAAUUCAAGAUUUUGCUGCAUGCGGUAUGCAUCUCAUCAAGGAAGGCUUGGUUCAACAAAAUCGUCUUUGUGCUAUAGGAUCAAGUGCUGGCGGUCUGCUAGUGGGCGCAGUCAUUAAUAUGCUUCCAGACUUAUUUUCUGCUGCAGUUCUCAAGGUCCCUUUUCUAGAUAUCUGCAACACAAUGUUGGAUCCUACUUUACCUCUCACUCUCUUGGACUAUGAAGAGUUCGGUGACCCUAAUAUCCCAGCUGAAUUUGAGGCGAUCUGCAGUUAUUCUCCUUACGAUAACUUGUCACCUGGUGUAUGCUAUCCACCAGUCCUGGUGACUGCCUCGUUUAAUGAUACAAGGGUAGGGAUUUGGGAAGCUGCGAAGUGGGUUGCAAAAGUGAGAGAUAUCACAUGCACAUCCUGUUCCCAGUCAGUUAUUCUCAAAACUAAUAUGCAAAGUGGCCAUUUUGGUGAGGGUGGGCGCUUCAUGCACUGUGAUGAGACAGCCUAUGAUUAUGCAUUUCUCAUGAAGGCCUUGCAGUUGGAUAACAUAACUACAGCUUAAUGGUCCCAUGCCUGAGGCUUUCCAUGGAACAGAUUUUGUGCGACUGAGUGCAAAACUGACGUAAUUACCUUUUGUGAUCUGUGUCGUAGUGGACAAGAUUGCACCUCAUAAUUGUUGAUAAAGAGCUCGCAUUGGAAAGUGACGCACCCUUGAAGUGUCUUUUGGCUUUUAAUAGACAAGUUGUGGAUUUCUGAACUGCCGAUUAUCAACUUGUUCUUUCAAAAUACCACGCCUGGAUGCUGCUCACCAGCAGUGCCAAGAUGAAGUGCUCAUCAGUUAAG